AUGCCGCCGCUGGGCCUGUGCGAUGAUGUGCCCGUUUAUGGGACAGACGGCGUGAGGCCAGCCAGGCCUACAAGAGCCGGCCUGUUCAAACGGCAUCUGGCAAGCAACCCAGAAUGGCCUAUUGACAUGAGGACAGUUUGCAGGAUGGGAAUGCUACGGGAUGACUUCCGCCAAAACCCUACAGAUGUUGUGGUGGCAGCUGGAGAGCCUGCCAUACUGGAGUGCCAGCCCCCCCGCGGACACCCUGAGCCAACCAUCUACUGGAAGAAAGAUAAAGUCCGGAUCGAUGACAAAAAAUUUAAAAAUAUAUUCAUUGUUUUGAAACAGAUACGUGGUGGGAAGCUGAUGAUCUCCAAUACAAGAAAAAGUGAUGCUGGCAUGUACAUUUGUGUUGGAACAAACAUGGUGGGGGAGCGAGACAGCGAUCCAGCAGAGCUGACUGUCUUUGAGCGGCCCACGUUUCUCAGGCGACCGAUCAACCAAGUGGUGCUGGAGGAGGAGGCCGUGGAUUUCCGGUGCCAGGUGCAGGGGGAUCCCACACCUACAGUCCGGUGGAAGAAAGAUGAUGCAGACUUGCCGAGAGGAAGGUAUGACAUCAAAGAUGACUACACUUUGCGCAUUAAGAAGGCCAUGAGCACAGAUGAAGGAACCUACACAUGCAUUGCUGAGAAUCGAGUUGGGAAAGUGGAAGCCUCUGCUACCCUCACGGUGCGAGCUCGCCCUGUUGCUCCCCCACAGUUUGUAGUGAGACCACGAGACCAGAUUGUAGCCCAGGGUCGAACAGUGACUUUUCCUUGUGAAACUAAAGGCAAUCCCCAGCCAGCUGUUUUCUGGCAGAAAGAAGGAAGCCAGAAUCUACUCUUCCCAAACCAGCCUCUCCAACCCAACAGCAGGUAUUCAGUGUCACCGACUGGAGACCUCACUAUUACCAACAUUCAGCGGUCUGACGCAGGUUACUACAUUUGUCAAGCACUGACGGUUGCUGGAAGCAUUUUAGCAAAGGCUCAGCUGGAGGUUACUGAUGUCUUGACAGAUCGGCCUCCACCCAUCAUCCUCCAGGGGCCAGUCAAUCAGACACUGGCAGUGGAUGGGACAGCCUUGCUGAAGUGCAAGGCAACCGGCGACCCCCUUCCUGUCAUCAGCUGGUUAAAAGAAGGAUUCACCUUCCUGGGCAGAGACUCUCGAACAUCCAUACAGGAUCAGGGGACACUUCAGAUUAAAACUCUUCGGCUGUCCGAUACUGGGACUUACACUUGUGUUGCUACAAGUUCCAGUGGGGAGACAUCUUGGAGUGCUGUGCUGGAGGUGACAGAAUCUGGUGGAGCAACAGUCAGUAAAAAUUAUGAUAUAAAUGACCUCCCUGGGCCACCAUCCAAACCUCAGGUCACUGAUGUUACUAAGAACAGUGUCACCCUGUCCUGGCAACCAGGGACCCCUGGAAGCCUACCAGCUAGUGCGUAUAUCAUUGAGGCUUUUAGUCAAUCUGUGAGCAACAGUUGGCAAACGGUGGCCAACCAUGUGAAGACCACUCUUUACACUGUCAGAGGACUGCGCCCCAAUACAAUCUACCUGUUUAUGGUCAGAGCUAUCAACUCACAGGGUCUGAGUGAUCCCAGUCCUGUGUCAGAUCCUGUCCGAACACAAGACAUCAGCCCACCAGCACAAGGUGUGGAUCACAGGCAAGUCCAGAAAGAACUGGGAGAUGUCAUUGUACGACUACAUAAUCCUGUUGUGCUGACACCCACGACAGUUCAAGUCACCUGGACGGUUGACCGCCAAUCCCAGUUUAUUCAGGGCUACCGCGUAAUGUAUCGCCAGACAUCUGGUCUGCCUUCUCCAGCUGUAUGGCAGAAUUUGGAGGUCAAAGUCCCAACUGAACGCAGUGCUGUACUCGUCAGCUUGAAAAAGGGCGUUACUUAUGAAAUUAAGGUUCGCCCUUACUUCAAUGAAUUCCAAGGAAUGGACAGUGAAUCAAAGUCUGCUCGCACCACAGAGGAAGCUCCAAGUGCCCCUCCUCAGUCUGUUACUGUCCUGACAGUUGGAAACCACAACAGCACAAGCAUCAGCAUCUCCUGGGAUCCUCCUCCUCCAGAUCACCAAAAUGGAGUCAUCCAGGAGUAUAAGAUCUGGUGCCUAGGUAAUGAGACUCGAUUUCAUAUCAACAAAACAGUAGAUGCAGCCAUUCGGUCUGUAGUAAUAGGUGGCCUAUAUCCAGGUAUUCAGUACCGCGUGGAAGUUGCUGCAAGCACCAGUGCAGGUGUGGGAGUAAAAAGUGAGCCACAACCCAUAAUAAUUGGAGGUCGAAACGAAGUUGUCAUAACUGAAAAUAACAACAGCAUAACUGAGCAAAUCACUGAUGUCGUCAAACAGCCUGCCUUUAUAGCCGGCAUCGGUGGUGCAUGCUGGGUAAUUCUGAUGGGUUUCAGCAUCUGGCUUUACUGGCGCAGGAAGAAGAGGAAGGGGCUCAGCAAUUAUGCUGUCACUUUCCAAAGAGGAGAUGGAGGACUAAUGAGCAAUGGAAGUCGACCAGGUCUGUUGAAUGCAAGUGACCCCAGUUAUCCUUGGCUUGCAGACUCUUGGCCUGCCACAAGUCUGCCAGUAAACAACAGCACUAGUGGACCGAAUGAUCUUGGCAAUUUCGGUCGUGGAGAUGUGCUGCCACCAGUGCCAGCGCAAGGAGAUAAAACAGCUACUAUGCUUUCUGAUGGAGCCAUUUACAGCAGCAUCGACUUCACCACGAAAACUAGUUACAACAGUUCCAGCCAAAUAACGCAAGCUACGCCAUAUGCCACCACCCAGAUACUGCAUUCCAACAGCAUCCAUGAGUUGGCUGUUGACUUACCUGAUCCUCAGUGGAAAAGCUCAAUUCAGCAAAAAAAUGACCUGAUGGGAUUUGGUUACUCUCUACCAGACCAAGGCAAAAGCAACAAUGCCUUGCUUUACAUCCCUGACUACCGCGUGGCUGAGGGAUUGGCUAAUAGAUUGCCACACAACCAGUCACAGGAUUUCAGCACCACCAGCUCCCACAACAGCUCCGAAAGGAGUGGAAGCCUCUCAG